UGCAAUAUGGCGCUCUUUUGUUUUUGUUGUUGUUAUAGGUUAUGUUUAGCUAACUUGAUGAAUUAAUUAAUUUUUUAAAAUCCAAUUUAAAAUUUAGUAACGGUAUUAUUUAUUAAGAGUGAAUAUAAAUUUCGGAAUAGUAAAAAAUGUCAUCCGAAAAUGCAACUUCGGCUUUCGUAGAAGAUUGGCUUUGCUACAACAAUAUCCUAGGCGAAGGAGCUUAUGGGGAAGUAAAACUGCUCGUUCACAAGCAUACCCAAGAAAAAAUAGCUUGCAAAAUUAUCAACCAUAAAAAAUACAAGGACGCUUCUGCUCAAAUAAACAGAGAAGUUACCAUCCACAAACUACUAGACCACGAAAAUAUUGUUAAAUAUUUCGGGCGAAGGCAAGAGCCUUUGAAAGAAUAUAUUUUUUUGGAAUAUGCGGAAGGAGGUGAACUUUUUCAGUUGAUCGAACCUGAUAUUGGCAUGCCGUCAGCAAGUGCACAAUUAUUUAUGAAGCAGCUUCUUUGUGGUGUUAACUACCUGCACAGUAAAGGGAUAGCUCACCGUGAUAUUAAACCAGAAAAUAUACUAAUUAGUGCUGACGGUAUUUUGAAAAUUAGUGACUUUGGAUUAGCGACACUUUUUCGGUUUAAAGGAAAAGAAAGACUUUUAGAUAAGAAAUGCGGUACUAAACCUUACUUGGCUCCAGAAGUAUUCCAGAGGCCAUAUAGGGCUCAACCAGCUGAUAUAUGGAGUUGUGGUAUAGUAUUUGUAGCUAUGUUGACUGGCGAGUUACCAUGGAGUGAUACCACUGAAGUAAACCCUGAAUUUGCAAAGUGGAAAAGAAAUAUGUACAUAUCAGACACCCCGUGGUCAAAAUUAGGUAACACAGCUUUAAGUCUAGCUAGAAAGGUUUUGCAUUGUGAUUCUAAAAAACGGCUGACUUUAGAAGAGAUUGAAAGACAUGCUUGGAUGCAAUUUUACUUUGGUUCUAAUACCAGUUCAGAUUCUGUUGAUAGUUCCUCUGAAAAUCCAGCUAAAAGGUGCAAUUCUAUGGUUGAAGCUGAAACAAAGCACAAUAGAGAAGCACCGACUGUUACCUUAUCUCAACCAGUUACUUUGUUUCGUCAAUCUAAGAUAAUGCAGGCUAUGGAUAAUAUCAGAACUACAAAUUACUUCUCUCAACCUACUCAAAAUGAUAAUUUGAUGCUUCAAUUUACUCAGAGUCCCAUUACCAAAGAUAACUUUGAUAGUCUUAUUAAGAGGAUGACUAGGUUUUAUGUAUUGACGAAUAGGGAAAAAACAUUGGAAUCUCUGUAUUCUAUUUUAGAUUCCUUACAUUUGACAUGGAGUUUAGAUGUAAAUGGAGCUCUCACUAUAACAACUACCGAUUCUCAUAAAAAUCAGCUGAUAUUCAAAGUAAACUUACUCGAUAUGGAUAAGAAGCUUCUUCUUGAUUUUAGAUUAUCCAAAGGCUGUGGUUUGCAAUUCAAGAAAAAGUUCAUUAAACUCAAAGAGUGCCUUAGCAAUAUUAUAUCUAAGAAUGACUAAUAGUAUUAGCUAUUGAAAUUGUUACCAGUAUUGAUUGUUGACUUAGUUAAGUUGUUUUUUGUUUAAUUGAUUAAUUUUAAGUGUUACCAAUAUUUUUGAUAAAUUUAGGAACCAAGUUUACUUUCUUUCUCCUCGUUAUCCAAUCCACUUAUGAAGAAAAUUCUUUUCAAAUGUUAAAAAGUUAAUAAAUUUGUACAUUUUCAAUAAAUGAAUAUUUUUUAUA